GACCGACGUCGGUUGAUCUAGCUAGCUACUUUGCAUGUAACUUUAAGUCGUGAAAUAUAGCUACACGUGACAGUAUUUGAAUAAUGUUUCUAGUCAUGAUCUAUUAUCACAAGAUUCACAAAGGGUUUUGAACCCUGUGUGUCGGGUGAAAGGUCAAGCGGCCAUCUUUGAAGCGAUCCAGAGAGCUGUGGUGGUUUCUAGAAUGCUAGUUAACUAGCUACUGUACUAGUACUGUAGCUAACGAAGAAACGUACGUUUCAAAGUAACGUUACAGCUACAUGUAUUCAAACGGCACAUUACUAAAUUAUAAAUAGAUGUAUUGUUAACCUCAAAGUUGUGGGGUGUAUAACGGUACAUCAAAGAGUACUUUCUGGGCACAUCAUGUCUUCUUUUUCUGAGUCUGCGUUGGAGAAGAAGCUUUCGGAGCUCAGCAACUCUCAGCAAAGCGUGCAGACGCUGUCUCUGUGGAUCAUUCAUCAUCGCAAACACUCGCCGCUCAUCGUCAAAGUAUGGCACAGAGAACUGAAGAAAGCAAAAAGCAGCAGGAAGUUGACUUUCCUUUAUCUUGCCAAUGACGUGAUUCAAAACAGCAAGAAGAAAGGUCCAGAGUUCGCCAAAGACUUUGAGACAGUCCUUGUUGACGCUUGCUCUCAUGUUGCAAGAGAGGCAGAUGAUGGCUGUAGAAGGCCCAUCGACAGGCUGCUCACUAUCUGGCAGGAGCGCAGCCUCUACAAGGCAGAGUUCAUCCAGCAGCUGAAGCUCGCUAUCGAAGACUCAAACAGCCCCCAACACCAACCUACAGAGGAGAAGAAGGCCCCUAAACGGACCUAUCAGAAGAUGAUCCAAGAGCCGGAGGAAGAGGAAGAAGAUGACUACAGGGGCAACAUGUCCCCACAGAAUUCAGACUUCUCAGGGCCACAGCUGACGGAGGAGCUGGUCAAAGCCCUGCAGGACCUGGAGAAUGCAGCCUCGGGUGAUGCUGCUGUGCGCCAGAAGAUUGCCUCUCUGCCACAGGAGGUGCAGGAUGUGUCCCUGCUGGAGAAGAUCACAGAUAAAGAGGCAGCUGAUAAACUGUCCAAGACAGUGGAUGAGGCCUGUCUACUGCUGGCUGAGUAUAACGGACGUCUGGCUGCUGAGCUGGAGGACAGGAGGCAGCUGGCGCGCAUGCUGACCGAGUACAUCGGUAGCCAGAAGGAAGCCCUCACAGAGAGGGAGAAGAAACUAGAAGAGUACAAACAGAAGCUGGCACGAGUCACGCAGGUGCGCAAGGAGCUCAAGUCUCACAUCCAGAGCCUGCCUGACCUCUCUCUGCUGCCCAAUGUGACGGGAGGCCUGGCCCCUCUACCCUCUGCUGGAGACCUGUUCUCCACCGACUGAGCUUCCUGCUCCCUGUCACACCCUGCCUCUCGCCAGGGCACACACUCCCUGUCGAACCCGCUCACUAGCUACUGAACCCUAGGGAGAGACUGAGAGGGACAUUGGAAGCUUGGGGACAUCCCUGGUGGGAGAGAGAAUGGUUGUUGAAGAUUCCGUUCCACCAGCUUGGACAAUUCUCCUUUACGUUUUUAUUCUGAAUGCCAGUCAAACGCUAGCUAACUGAUUCUGUGUUGAAGAGAAAAGUUGGUCAUUAGCCAAUCCCCAUUUUUGUGUUCAUAUGGUGAUAUGGUGGCUCGCACACACACUAGAUCACGUGUCAAACUCAUUCCACUGAGGGUCAACUGUCUGUGGGUUUUCACUCCUCCUUUGUACUUGAUUGAUGAAAUAAGGUUACUAAUUAGUAAAGAAAUCCCCUCACCUGGUUUCUGUGUCUUAGGAAAAACCAAAAACCUGCCGACACUAUGGAAUGAGUUUGACACCCCUGCACUAGAUCGUUGUGACAGCUUUGUGAAGAGACACAUCACAUUUAUUUUAACGGCUUUAAGUUGGUUGCUUUUAAAUGUUGAUGAAAUUUCAGGUGAUUUUUGUUAGGGUGUAUGUAGGGAGGGGGCCUGUUUUUCCAUGUAGGUUGCAUUUUGGUUGUCAUUAUUUACCAUUCUCUGUAAUUCCAGCUCAACACACAGAAAAUAUCCUUACCUUCAGGUUUGUCAUCAAGCAUUUUGUCAUACAUAGCACAUCAUCGGUCAAUAACAUUUCAUCCAUGUAGUGGUGUUUCUCAAUCCAUUGUGAAAUAGUUUAGCCCUCAGACAAGUGACUGAUUGAAGUUAUUUGAGCAAACUGGGGUCAGAUUGAGACACUCACUGUCUUUGCUGAGCUCUGCUGAUGUCAUCCUUUGUCACAGAUGAUUGUAUCACUUGGUACAAAUGUCAAACUAAGGCUUUUCGGGACUGGGCCCGGCCACUACUUAUUCAGCAUUAUUCAGACUUUUUUGAAGAGUAGCAGAAAGUAAACAUGGUUCGUUCUGUCACUAGUUUGGAUUAUGGGCACAGACCUGGGAGAUAAGUGUUUCCCCAUGUUGGAGAAUAGUAAUAGGACAUCUGCCCCUGGAAAUGUUGCUUUACUACAGAUGGUAGACCUGUGUGGCAUGUAUUUCUCUCUGCCGAUGCUUUACUACAGCAGUAGUUUCACUAAUAAAACAAUUCCAUGGAUACAAAUAAAAUGGAACCAUUUGGAAAGA